CUUUAAAAUGCAGAGCAGGAAGUGGCUGCGUCAGCGAGCGGCAGAGCGGCGGUGAGGCAGGAACGGAAGAUGUCCAUCCAGAAGAUCCACGCCCGGGAGAUCCUGGACUCCAGGGGAAACCCCACGGUCGAAGUCGAUCUGUACACGGCCAAAGGCCACUUCCGUGCUGCGGUACCUAGUGGAGCAUCCACAGGCAUCUAUGAGGCUCUGGAGCUAAGAGAUGGUGACAAGUCCCGGUACCUGGGCAAAGGGGUCCUGAAAGCCAUACAGCACAUCAAUGACACUUUAGGCCCAGAGCUCAUCAAACAGAAUUUGCCGGUGGUGGAACAGGAGAAAAUUGAUAAGUUCAUGCUGAAGCUCGACGGGACCGAGAACAAAUCUAAGUUUGGUGCCAACGCCAUUCUGGGAAUCUCCUUGGCUGUUUGCAAGGCUGCAGCAAAGGAGAAAGGUGUGCCUCUGUACCGCCACAUUGCCGACCUCGCUGGUAACACCGAAGUGAUUCUCCCAGUCCCGGCUUUCAAUGUGAUCAAUGGUGGCUCCCACGCAGGCAACAAGCUGGCCAUGCAGGAGUUCAUGAUCCUGCCAGUGGGAGCUGCAAACUUCAAGGAGGCCAUGCGCAUCGGGGCUGAGGUCUACCACAACCUUAAGAACGUCAUCAAGGCCAAGUACGGCAAGGAUGCCACCAACGUGGGUGACGAGGGGGGCUUUGCUCCUAACAUCUUGGAGAAUAACGAAGCUCUGGAGCUGCUGAAGUCAGCCAUCGGGAAGGCCGGCUAUUCCGACAAGGUGGUCAUCGGGAUGGACGUGGCAGCAUCAGAGUUCUUCCGCAAGGGGCAGUACGACCUGGACUUCAAGUCUCCGGAUGACCCCAGCCGUUACAUCUCAGGCGACAAGCUGGCAGAUCUGUACAAGAGCUUUGUCAGUAACUACCCGGUGGUGUCCAUCGAGGAUCCCUUUGACCAGGAUGACUGGGAGAACUGGAGCAAGUUCACUAAGGGAACAACCAUUCAGAUCGUUGGGGAUGAUCUCACUGUCACAAACCCCAAGCGUAUCCAGACGGCUGUGGAUAAGGGGGCUUGUAACUGCCUCCUGCUGAAAGUGAACCAGAUUGGCACGGUUACAGAGUCCAUCCAGGCCUGCAAACUGGCUCAGACCAGUGGCUGGGGUGUGAUGGUGAGUCACCGCUCUGGCGAGACAGAGGAUCCUUUCAUCGCUGACCUGGUUGUGGGCUUGUGCACCGGCCAGAUCAAGACUGGGGCCCCCUGUCGGUCUGAGCGUCUGUCCAAGUACAACCAGCUGAUGAGGAUUGAAGAAGAACUGGGAGCCAAAGCAAAGUUUGCAGGGCGUGACUUCCGACGGCCCUUGAAGAAGUAGUAUGACAGAUAUCAAGGGAGACAGGAGCAACAAGGCAGCUAACGCUCACUGAGACCCGACAUGUCGGCCACUGUCAGAAUUAUGAAUUACUGUAUUUCCCUUUCCUCUUCACUUCCAACCCAUCAGUCGAUAUGCAAUGGUGACCUCUGCACAGGUGUGUGCUGUACACCGUGAAAAAUAGUGAUGCUUCCUCUGUCUAGUGUUGUACACUGAAUAAACAAUGAUCCUUGCACUGUCGUGCGUUGUACACCAUAAAUAAACAGUAACGCUUG